CCCGCCGCCAUGUCGGCCCUGUGCGACCCCCCCGGUGCUGCCAGCCCCCCCCGCCCCCCGCUCAGCGCCCAGGAGCUGGGCCAGGAGGUGAAGGCCUUUCUCAGCGGCGUCGAUCCGGUUCACGGCACCAAACUCUCGGCAAAGGACCACGCUCGGUGCGCUCUCCUCCUCCUCCGGAGCCUUCCGCCCGCCCGCCACGCCGCCCUCGAUCACCUCCGCUCGGUUUUCGACGACCAGGUUUGCUCUCACCUCUUGGAACGGGAAAGCGGGACGGCGUCGGCUUUGAGCCGCUCGGGAGGAGGUGGGUUGGAAGAAGUGGUCCAAGAAGUUCAACGGGUGUUGGCGGAAUUCGUUCGGAGCAAUCCCAAAGCUUGGGCUCCGGUGGUUUCGGCUUGGUCGAUCGAUUUGAUGGGGCAGUUGAGCAGUAAAUACGCCGGGCGACACGGCGUUCCGCACGCUUCCAGCUUAAACGAGUUGCUCCAGCUCUGGAUGUCGUGUAAAGCCACUCGAUCCUUGAUGGAAAUCUACACCCAGUGCCUUUCGGCCAUGAUCGGAGGUUGCCCGGACGCGUGCGUGGAUGCGCUUUUGGACACCUCGGUCCAACAUUCGCCUCAUUUCGAUUGGGUCGUGGCUCACAUCGGUUCCUCUUUCCCCAAUACCAUCAUCAACCGCGUCCUUUCCUGCGGCCUCAAGGAUUUCUGCGCCCAUGGAGCCGCUCCCGGCGGGGAUUUGCUUUUUCCUGGCUCCGCCGAUAAACGCGUGCCUAAAAUCGCCUCCGUGGUUGGAAUUUUGGGCCAUUUGGCCUCGCGGCAUUCGGGAAGCAUCAAGCAGGAGCUGUUACGGAUGUUCCACGAGAGCCUGGGUCCGGCGCGGGAGCCGCCGCACAAAGCCGCCGUCCCCUUCCUCCUCCAGUUGGCCGUGAUGUCCCCUCCACUGCUCGGAACCAUCUCCUCGGAGCUGGUGGAUUCCUUAAAACCCGGAGUCCUCAACCAACUCCACCAACAUUUCGCUUCCCUGCCUCGCGAGGACCUGGACAACAUGGUGAGCAUUGUCGUCCACCUCAUCUGCCAAACGUCGGCCGGCGCUUUCCGGAUCCUUCAAUUCUUGGUCAACACGGCCAUGCCGGCAUCCGUUAUCACUCCUCCGGGCCCGACGCUCCACGACGGAGUGCGAGAAGCUUGCGAUCGCAUCAUCCAACUCCUCCUCCUCAACCUCCAGAAGUUGGUUUACAACCGCGCCAGCCCCACCUUGACCGACUCACCGCCUCGGCCCAUCCCUUUCCUCGACGCUCUUCGUUCUCACGUCCGGGAACUUUGCGUUGAGACUUUACGUCUCGAAAGGAAGCGUUUCCUUUGGCAACACCAACUCUUAGGGCUCUUGGCGGUUUAUUCGGCUCCUCACUGCGCUUCCGACGCUCUUUUCUUCCUCCUGGCCUUGGCGCGGAGUCCGGAAGAGUUGGCGUUGGCCACGCAGCUCUACGCCGUCCUCAGCUCUUGCCUUUCCGAUCUCCUUCCCGCCACUGUCACCACUUGCGUGUCCCAAAUCCACGCCGGUCGCUUGCCGGAACCUCAAGUGGCUCAGCUUUUCCGUAAUUUAGCCGCCGUGGUGCAAGGCGAAGGCGGCGAAGGCGCCGGAUCGGCCAUGGGAGCCCAACUGGGAGCCGUCCUCGCGCGGCAUCUCCAUGAUUUAGCUCAACUCCUUCUCCACCACGACGCUGAAGUGGCGGAAUCUGCUUGCCUGUUGCUUUCCGUCUGCCCGCUGCCGCGUUCCGUGCCUCCCGCUCACCUCCUGGCCGCCAUCCGCGCCGCCGUUCACCAAUUCUUCUUGGUUUUACGCCGGCAAAACCCAAGCGAUCUCGGCUCCAGCAGCCGGCUCCUGGCGCGGCUCAGCGCCGUCUCGCCGGCCGCCGCCAAAGCCGUUCUCCAGCAGCUGGUGGAAGGUGCUCUCCGCGGCGGCAACGCCGAGCUCUUCGGAGCGCCGGCCGAACAUUCCGGAAGGGAUGAAACCAGGCAAGAAGGAAGCGGCGGUGUUUCCUUGUUGGACAUCAACCGCCGUUUUACCACGGCUGUGAACUUCUCCGGUGGUGUUUGGUCCGUAUUUCACGCCGGAGUCAUCGGGAAGGGCCUGAAAGCUCUAGACGCGUCGGAAAACCGGGAAAGCGAGGAGUUGGCGCAUAAUUCCCAAGCUUUCCUCACUCUCCUUCUCCGCUGUUGCCGCGGGGCUCGCGCCGCCGAUUCCGCGCCGGAAUCCUUCCCGACGGUCCAUCCCGAAGCAGCUAAAGCCGUGGCGGCGGCGUUGGUGGAAAGUGUUUGCCCGGAAGCGGCCGGUGGCGAGCUGGCGUGGCCUCCGGAAGAGCAAGCUCGCGGGACGGUAGAACGGGAUUUACGGAUUUGCCGGCGUUUCCGAGACCACCCUCUUCUUUUCCCGCUCUUGAGGUUGGUCGCCGCCGGCCGACCGGCUCUUUGCUACUGCUCCGUUCUUCUCCGAGGGCUUUUAGCCAGUUUGAUGGCGUUUUGGGAUGCGUGCCGGGAAAGCCGGACUGCCGGAUCGCCGUGGCACCUCCACGCGUCGUGCGCUUUGGUUUCCUGCAUGGCCGAAGGUUCUUUGCUCCCUCCGGUUCUUGGGAACAUGCACGAGAUCUUCCACCAACUCGCGCCCUUCGAGGUUCACCUCCUCCUCCUCAGCGUUUGGGAUUAUUUACGGGAGAACAGUCCCCUCCCGCAAAAAUUCACCUUCCAGGCGGAAAAAGGCGUUUUCCUGAGGGAUUUCUCUCGCGAUGGAGACGUCGGGAAGCACCUGGCCGUGCUCCACAGCGUUCUUCAUAAGAACAUCCACCGCUUGGGGCUCCUGGCGGGGCGAUUUCGGCCAUAAAUCGCCCCCCCCGGGGUGGGGAUUUGGUCCUGAGGGGGUGGGAAUGGGAUCGGAUCCGAACCCCCCACACGGAAUCCGAUGUGGGGAUAAAAGGGAGGAGGAAGGAGAAGAGAUUGAGGAGUUUGGGGGGAGUUGAGGGGUUCUGGGGUCUUAAAUUGUCCCCCCAGGGUGGGAAUGGGAUCAGAUCCAAACCCCCCCGCCCUGCGGAAUCCGAUGUGGGAAUUAAAGGGAGGAGAGAGGAGAAGAGAUUGUGGAGUUUGGGGGGGGUUGAGGGGUUCUGGGGUCUUAAAUUGCACCCCCAUACCCCCCCCGGAGUGGGAAUUUGGACCUGAGGGAGGUGGGAAUGGGAUCGGAUCCAAACCCCCUGCGCGGAAUCCGGUGUCGGAAU